AUGGCUAAGAUGUUCAGAGCGUUUUUCUUCAAAUCCCUUUUCUUCUUUUGGUACCGUUUCCUUCUCAGGCAGCUUAAGAACUUGCUAGGCUUUCAUAGAUCUACAGGCGCCAAUGCCUUUCCUUCCCAUUUUAGAUACCAAAGGUAUCACUCCCUGGCUCACAGAUCAGACCUCACUGACCAUACCUUAAUCUUCGAUGUAGAAGGAGCUUUGUUAAAAUCUUCUUCUCUGUUCCCCUACUUCAUGCUCGUAGCCUUCGAAGCCGGAGGGCUUAUAAGAGCCUUCAUCUUCAUUCUGCUGUAUCCUUUCGUCUGCUUCGCUGGACCCGAGACGGGGUUGAAUAUAAUGGUGAUGAUAUGCUUCUUCGGGAUCAAAGCAAAGAGCUUCAGAGCGGGAAGCGCUGUUCUACCAAAGUUCCUGUUGGAGAACGUUGGUUCAGAAAUAUUCGAAAUACUAAACCGAGGUGGGAAGAAAGUAGGGGUCAGUAAUUUACCUCAAGUAAUGGUGGAGAGUUUCUUAAGAGAGUAUCUGGAGAUUGAUUUCGUGAUGGGCAGAGAGCUUAAAGUGUUCUGUGGAUACUACGUGGGGUUGAUGGAGGACAGAAAAAUCGCUGCGUCUUAUGCUUUGAACCAAGUUCGGGAAGGCAAGGGACGUCCUGACGCCAUCGGCAUCUGCAGCUUUGACAAGUCUCUAGAUUCCGAAUUGUUGACUCAUUGCAAGGAAGUGUAUUUGGUGACGGAAGCUGAGAAGAGAAGCUGGAAAACACUGGCAAGAGAGAAGUAUCCGAAGGCACUGAUAUUCCAUGAUGGUAGACUGGCCAUGAGACCCACCCCAGUGAAUGCGGUAGCAACGUUGAUUUGGUUCCCUUAUGGGUUAAUCCUGGCCAUUAUUAGGAUGCUUAUUGCGUUAUCACUCCCGUACCACAUAUCAACUCCUCUGCUGGCAAUCACUGGUCUGCGUCUGACGACUUCAAUGCCCAGUGCGUGCAACAAAGAUGACGAUGGCCAAUGUAGCAAGGGGAAUCGUCAUCGGCUUUAUGUAUGCAACCACAGAACAUUGCUGGAUCCUCUUUACCUGUCGUUUGCACUAAGAAGAGACUUGAUCGCCGUGACAUACAGCUUGAGCAGAAUGUCAGAGAUACUGGCACCCAUUAAGACCGUCCGAUUAACAAGGGAUCGCGUUGAGGACGCCAGGAUGAUGAAGAAGUUAUUGAAACAAGGGGACCUAGCGGUGUGCCCCGAAGGGACCACUUGUAGAGAGCCAUAUUUGUUGCGGUUCAGCCCGCUGUUUUCUGAAAUGAGUGACGAAAUAACUCCCGUUGCUGUUGAUUGCCACGUCAGCAUGUUCCACGGUACGACCGCCGGAGGACUUAAGUGCUUGGACCCUCUUCUGUUCCUCAUGAAUCCUUCUCCUAUCUACUCCGUCCGGUUGCUGGAUAAGGUGUCCCCUUCCUCCACCGCUCGUGACAGAUUUGAAGUGGCUAAUCACAUACAGUCGCAGAUCGGGGAGGCCCUUGGAUUUGAGUGCACCAUGCUUACAAGAAAAGAUAAAUACUUGAUUUUGGCCGGUAACGACGGCCUUGUUUCUUCCACCACCAAUGCUAAAUCUUAAUCAUAAUCAUGCACGCCCUGUAACAUUUACCGAUACCGUAUAUAGCUGUCAUGACGAGAUAUAUAGUUUAGUUCGGGAGAGAGAAAACGCCUUUCUUUCUUCUUUUUCUUGUAUUAAAAUUUUUUUACUGUUCACA